GCGCAGUGCCGGGUUGGGCGGAGGUUGUAUUCCUCCGCCAGAAACAUUCUCUGUUUAGGAGAUAGAAAAAAACCUUCGAGCUGAAUUUUACUAUUUGUGACCAUUCUUUGCCUUUGUUUCUCCACCCCCGGGCUUUUGUAGCAGAAUAAAGCGAUCUACGUGCAGUAGGAGCUUCCCUGCCGCUAUGACUGUGCGAUCUGCGUGACGAUAACGCUGCUUCCGAAGCCUUCUCCCGGGCCUGGUUGGGGAAGGGUGCGUUGCAUGGCCGAGCGUCCUACCCGCCACACUCGCAAUCAUGAACAAGCGCAGUAAAAGACCCAGCGCUGGAAGGUUUGGUGGAAUGACGCAGAAUCAACCCAGGACUGGUGGACGAAACUUGAAAGGACCAGUUGCCCAGAAUGUACAAGGUCAAAAUGCUCCGUUAGAAGGUGUUUAUGCCAACUCCCGCUUAAUUCACAUCGCUACUUCGCUGGUGGGCAACGUAGUACAAGUUCAAGUUAAGGAUGGGAGCAUUUAUGAAGGUGUCUUUCGCACGAUGUCUCCUAAGAUGGAAGUUGUGCUGGAGCUGGCCCAUAAGGUGGAGGUUGGACAGACCUCCCUGCCCAGCCGGGACCAGCUGCAGGAGAAGCUGAUCUUUCACCAGGAGAAUGUGGUGAUGCUGACCGCUCUGGACGUCGACCUGGACUAUGCAACUAAAGGCGGGGUCGAUGAGAGAGGGUCGCCUCUGCCAGGCCCAGCCGACUCAUUCACAGACGCAGCCAUCAGUAAGUUUAACGGGCAGAUCGCGGAGAAAGAGCUGCAGCCGUGGGAAGCCGACUCUGAUCAGGCGCCGGAUCUACUGCUUGACGCUGAUGGGGGCACCGUUAGUUCCAAUGGUUGGGAUGCCGCCGAAAUGUUCCGCACCAACGAGAAGCGCUACGGGGUCCAGUCUUCCUACGACAGCAGCUUGGCUGGAUACACGACCCAGCUAAAGGAAGAAGACACCAAAGAGUACCGUGAAAAGCGAGACCGCGCCCAGCGCAUUGCUGAUGAAAUCGAGCGGAGUACCGACUACCAGCGCCGCGUGGCUCUGGAGGUCCAUGAUGACGAGGAAGCGGCAUUCAGCGCAGUCCACCGGCCGAGCAGGAACGAUGGAGGCGGGGAUCUGCACAACCGCUAUGUACCACCACACAUGAGGAAAGACACGUCGCGGGGCCGGGGACAGCAGAUGUCGCCCAAGCCCCAGAGGACGGGACACCACGGUCCGGGCGGCAUGGGGCCGCGAGGCUCGCCGCGUGCGGGUGCCGGCUCACCACACACGGUCGGCACCCACCCCCACGCCGUGUCGCCGCAGAACAGGAGACCAGGAGGCGUCCCUCCGCACGCCAGCUCGCAAGCUCCGCAGCACGGCCCGCCCCCUGCGAGCUCCGCCAAGAACGAUAGCAAUAGUAUCCCUCCCACUGUUAAUGGAGAAGCCUCCAUCCCCCAGCCCUCUCCCGUAGCGCCUGGCCAGCCUGAUGGUAGCAAGCACCCCGCUAGUGAAGUAGUGAGUAGGAACGUGCCUCGGAGAGACGAUCUCAACAAGCCCGCCCUCCCGCCAGCCCAGGCUAAUGCGCCUCACCCUAGUUCUACUAUUUAUUCUAAUACAGAGAGAAAGAAUACUACAGCUAAAGGUCUCACUCCGCAAUUGACAUCUCUCAAGAAAUUCUCAGAGGAGUUCAGGCUCUCUGAGGGUACAAAUAAACAUGAUCCCAAACCCAAAGCAGAAGAAAUUAAGGAUACUAAGGAACUGUCGAAAGAUGCAUCCUUGUCAAAAGACAAAGAAUCAAGUACUACAGUUAAAGAGGAGAGAAAAGAAAGCAAAGCGACGGAGACAGUUCCCAUGAAGGAGGGUGACCAGAAGGGUGACAAGUCUCAAGACAACCCCAAACAAGGGGAGGGGAUUUCCGAUGUUUCUUCCAGGACCGUGAAGAAGUCCCAGUUGAAUCCAAAUGCAAAGGAGUUCAAUCCAUCAGCAAAGCCGUUUGUCCCAGCAGCAGCAGCCAUCUCGUCAGCCCCCCGGGCCAGGAAUCAGACCCCCACCCCUCCCCGCCCACAGACACAGAGUCCAGUCGUCAUGCAACAACAGGGUCCCAUGAUUGUCCACGGAACCCCGUUGUUCACCAGUGUUCCAUCGUACGGCAUUGUUUCCACGGGCUCCACGAUGACGAUGACUGGCCACCCCACGUUCGUAGGUCCCAUUUACGCUCAGCAGCAGCAGAAGACAAUAUACGCCAAAAAAGUGUUGCCCCAUUGGGAGUGGGCAGAGUCUCACACUGGGCAGACCCAAGCCUUGUCCGCCGCUUCUGAAAAUCCUGUUCCAACCUCCGUGAUGGCCCACCAGCAGCGGUCAGAUGGACACCCCCCUCAGACUGGACCGGUCACCCCUCUCAUCUCCCCUGGACCUUACCAACAACAGUUUGUGCAGUAUCCGCAGGGCAUCGUGGGGCCAGGCCAGACCAUGAUGCCUCAACAGGCACCUGGCUAUCCACAGCAAACCAUGUACCCUAUGGUGCAGGGAACAGCGAGGAUGGUGACCCCCCAGCAGAUGCAGCUCCAGAAUGCCCACCCACCACAGGGCUACCCCACAGACCAACACUCAGCUCCCAUGUUCGUCCACUCUGCCGGUACCAUGCAAGGGGGACAGCAGAUCUACCAACAGGCCGCCCAGGUGCACCACCACGCCCAGCCCCCUCCCCACCUCACCCAGGGGCACCCCAACGCCUCCCAGCAGCAUGCCUCCCCCCAGCCCCAGUCCUCGGUCAUGCAGCAGCAGCAGCAGCAGAGUAACCACCCCACCCCCAGCCCCGUGCACCAGCAGGGCCACGGCCAGGGGCAGGGCCAGGCACAGCAGCAGCACAUGCCACAGCAGCUGGUCUACCACAUGCCCCAGCAGAUGAUUCCGGCUGGUAACCAGGCUCACAGCCAGAGCUCGCAGACGUUACACCACCACAGCAUGGGCCCUGGGCAGCAGCCCCAGUUUGCUCCGCACGCCGCGGGCGCUCCCGUCACACACAUGACGCAGGCGCACGGCCAGCACCCCCAUCCCCAGGCACAGAUGGUGUUGGUGCCCCAGGUAAGGAAGGCACAGAUGAGUGGGCAGGGCCACAGUCCCACCAGUGCACCUCACGGGGCCAUUGCUGCAAUCCCAGCAUCCUCUGCUGCUACCGCCCAGAUGACACCACAGUACCUCACACAUGCUCAAGGUCAGCAGCGCACCUCUCAUCACCAACAGCCUCCCAUGCAAGCCUACCAGCAGGGAAACUAGUCUGAGGGGACGGCCUUCCGGGAUUGGUCGCAAUGCGCAGCGGUCACAACAACUCCGUGUCGGAGGAAUCUUACAACGACAUGCCAGCACACCUAUAAUUAAUGAAGCUACGACUGUUUUAGAUUGUAGAGAAGAAAAAAAAAAUCUGGGAACUAAAUUAAAGAAGAAAGAAGUUAAAAGAGAGUAUUGAAUGAUGGAACGUCACUAAGUGUUGGCAGAUAUGAAAAGGGUGCAAAAUGGCCCUUUUGUUUUAUCCUGUUAAGAAAAGCAGAUCAGAGAAGAUUGCCGGGUGGAGGAGGUCGAACUGAAUUUUUGUUUGACUUUUUUUGUAGACACCAAUAAAAUAAAACAAAACAUUA